UCUACCUACAAUUCACAUCAAGAAAAUAUGUCCAUUAAAGCGUUGUUCUGUCUUGGACUUGUUAUCUGCGGAAUGAAAAUGGCGAAUGGUAAUUUGGGCGAUUUUCAAAAGGUAUUGAAGAAAGCUGAGAAUAUCGCUAACGCAUUUGGGAUGUCUGGCUCUGGAGAGGUAGAUCGUGGCAAGGGCUGUAUUAUCAGCUGGAACUUUAAAGGACAACUGAUGGGUUUUGAGUACAAAUACCUCGGAGUUUGUGUUGAUAGAUGUACAGGGGAGACAACCACAUCGAUAACCCAAAGUAAAGGGGGCGCAAUUGAGCAUUGUCUGAGCGAUUUGUUCCAGAAGCUGUCGGCUAAACAUGAAUUAUAAUUAUUUUUGUGCCUUAAAUGAAAACAAAAGCCUGUCUCUCUUAUUACAAUUUAUUUGAAAUCUGUAAAACCUGUUAGUUAUUUAAGGCAUUAAUAACAAAUAUUUGACUCAAAU